AUGUAUACAGCACUCGGAAGCAUAGCAGGUCUCACAGAGACCCACAGCAGGUCUCACAGAGACCCACAGCAGGUCUCACAGAGACCCACAGCAGGUCUCACAGAGACCCACAGCAGGUCUCACAGAGACCACAGCAGGUCUCACAGAGACCACAGCAGGUCUCACAGAGACCACAGCAGGUCUCACAGAGACCACAGCAGGUCUCACAGAGACCCACAGCAGGUCUCACAGAGACCACAGCAGGUCUCACAGAGACCCACAGCAGGUCUCACAGAGACCCACAGCAGGUCUCACAGAGACCCACAGCAGGUCUCACAGAGACCCACAGCAGGUCUCACAGAGACCCACAGCAGGUCUCACAGAGACCCACAGCAGGUUUCACAGAGACCACAGCAGGUCUCACAGAGACCACAGCAGGUCUCACAGAGACCACAGCAGGUCUCACAGAGACCACAGCAGGUCUCACAGAGACCACAGCAGGUCUCACAGAGACCACAGCAGGUCUCACAGAGACCCACAGCAGGUCUCACAGAGACCACAGCAGGUCUCACAGAGACCACAGCAGGUCUCACAAAGAGUAUAGGUUUGGCCUCUGUCAAGGCUGAUCCAACACUGCCUUGUGUCAAGGCUGAUCCAACACCGCCUUGUGUCAAGGCUGACCCAACACCGCCUUGUGUCAAGGCUGACCCAACACCGCCUUGUGUCAAGGCUGAUCCAACACCGCCUUGUGUCAAGGCUGAUCCAACACCGCCUUGUGUCAAGGCUGAUCCAACACCGCCUUGUGUCAAGGCUGAUCCAACACCGCCUUGUGUCAAGGCUGAUCCAACACCGCCUUGUGUCAAGGCUGAUCCAACACCGCCUUGUGUCAAGGCUGAUCCAACACCGCCUUGUGUCAAGGCUGACUCAACACUGCCUUGUGUCAAGGCUGAUCCAACACCGCCUUGUGUCAAGGCUGAUCCAACACCGCCUUGUGUCAAGGCUGAUCCAACACCGCCUUGUGUCAAGGCUGACCCAACACAGCCUUGUGUCAAGGCUGACCCAACACAGCCUUGUGUCAAGACUGACCCAACACAGCCUUGUGUCAAGGCUGACCCAACACAGCCUAGUGUCAAGGCUGACCCAACACUGCCUUGUGUCAAGGCUGACCCAACACAGCCUAGUGUCAAGGCUGACCCAACACAGCCUAGUGUCAAGGCUGACCCAACACAGCCUAGUGUCAAGGCUGACCCAACACAGCCUUGUGUCAAGGCUGACCCAACACAGCCUAGUGUCAAGGCUGACCCAACACAGCCUUGUGUCAAGGCUGACCCAACACAGCCUUGUGUCAAGGCUGACCCAACACUGCCUUGUGUCAAGGCUGACCCAACACAGCCUAGUGUCAAGGCUGACCCAACACAGCCUUGUGUCAAGGCUGACCCAACACAGCCUUGUGUCAAGGCUGACCCAACAUUGCCUUGUGUCAAGGCUGACACAACAUUGCCUUCAGUGUUUACAAGACGGUCGACGGGUGAGGACGUCGUUCCGCUGCUCUCGUCUCGCCUGCACCCUUUGUCAGGGUAA